AUGGCCGACUCGCAGACGCUGAAGAAAGGCGCGCCGGAGCUGUUUACGUAUCCCUCCGCCGUCGGUGCCGAUAGCAUUCGCGUCGUCAAGAUAUGUCCAGCGGGCAAUGACCCAACCCACCUGACAAAUCCAGCCGGAACCAAGCCUCAGAUUGAGCUCCUGAUCAAGACAGUUGCUUUUGAGGACCGUCCGGUAUAUCAUGCCUUAUCGUACACAUGGGGCGCGGCGGACUUCGACACCGAGCCGUCUCGCGACACGGUGCCCAUCAUACUCGGCGGCAAGACCUUUUACGCCAUGCAGAAUCUGCAUGACGGUCUUCUUCAGCUUAGAGAGAGCUUUCCCGACACGUGGUUCUGGAUCGAUGCGAUUUGUAUAAAUCAAGACGACCUCACGGAGCGCUCGACGCAGGUUUCCAUCAUGGACGACGUUUACACCAAUGCCCAUCGGACUGUCGUCUGGCUCGGCAAGGCAAAGCCGGGGAUCCCGAGGGCUUUCGAGGUCAUCGCCGAAGUGAUGAGGAGAAUAGAGGAAGAAGCAGGGUUGUCUGUCUGGGUGGCCAUCUCAAACUCCGAUUUCGAGUCUUUGAGAGGCGUGGAAAUGCCGGAACUCACCUUGGACGAUUGGAGGUGUGUUACCGAUUUGUACGCCCGGAGAUGGUUUUGGAGGAUGUGGGUCGUUCAGGAGGUAGCGCUGAGCACCACCGUCGACAUGCUUUCCGGAGAUACGACUAUGCCUUGGGACGUCGUAGGCGGGUUUGCGGCGUUGACGAACCUCUCGGGGAUCCUUACGGAGGCAUACGUUCGAUUUCCGGAACUUACCACGUCGAGGAGAGAUGGGACUUUGGGGUUAGGCGUAGCGACGCAAAUCUACGUCCUGAGAUCGCUGUGCCGCAUGAAGCAGGGCGAGGAUGAGCCGCUCAAAGAAGACGGAAUAAAGGCUCUUUUGGAUUUCCUCGGAGGGACGAUGUUGUUCGAUGUCACGGAUGCGCGAGACAGGAUUUACGGGUUGUUCGGUAUCUUGAAGUUUUACGCAAAGUAUGGCAGCUUCGAUGUGUCCUGGGCGACGGUGGAUUACAGGUCUACGGCUCCGCAAGUGUAUACAACCGUCGCAGAGAACAUAAUCACGAGUUCAAGACGGCUGGAUAUCAUAUGCUGGACAGGAAAGGCGGUAGCCAAACUGGAAGGGCUUCCUUCUUGGGUCCCAGACUGGGGUCGUCGUACGGUCGGGUAUCCGCGCGAGGGGAGCGGGCAGGACGCGUCUAAUAGUCUCGCAGUGCGGGACCUAUCGUUCGAAGUACGGGAUUCGAAGCUGUUUUGCCGGGGCCUCAAGAUCGGUGCUGUCGUUGCGGUUGGGGAGAGGCAACGACAGCUGCAUGAUGGUGAUUUCCGGAGAACCGCUUCGAUUCUGAUGAGGCUGCCUGCGCGUUACACUCAUACGGGCCAGCCGCGUGUCGAGGCUCUCUGGCGCACGCUGCUGAGAGAUCGCAAGUCACAUGAAGAUGAGAAGUUGGGGGCAAGCGAUGAUAUGGGGGCGGCUUUCAAGGUAUGGGCUCUGCAGGCUUAUGCACAGGGGGCCGGUGGUUCUCUCAAGCAGCCUGGAGCGAAGUGGAUGGACAUCGUGAAGGAGGCCAAGGUGUGUGAUGAACUUGCGGCAAGCGACGAGACGCGUCUGUUCCCUUCGACGGACGACUUGAAGAAGCGUCUUGGCGAGAUGGGCUGGUUGGGCAAAGAGAGUGAGCUGCCUCUGCCGUCGGAAGAGGAGAAGCAGAAAACUAUCAAGAGCAUCGAAGGGGGGUUCUUUAAGUGGGGUUCUCUGUUCAACGCCGCAAUGGAAGGGAGACAACUCGCCUUACUCGAGGGGGACUACCUUGCCAACCUGCCUGACAGCCUCGAUGUUGGUGACGAGGUGUGGGUGGUACAGGGCUGUCACCUUCCUCUGCUCAUGCGGAAGGGGGAGAAUGGCGAUGGCUGGGUGAUACUUCGGGACGCAUACGUUCACGGAAUCAUGUCAGGCGAGGCAGUUACGCAGGAUAUAGUAUGGGAAGAUAUUUGCAUUCGCUAA